GCGCGUGCGCGGCGCCACCAACAUGGCUGCAGUGAUGGGGAGGUUGUGUCUGUGGGCGCUGCUGGUCGCCGCCGCUACCGUCACUGCCAGCUCCGGACAUAAACUCUUCUCUGACUUCAAACGCUGCCUGGACGAGGAAUGCAGCUUGCUGAUGUGCCGUGGUAAAGCUGUGAGGAAUUUCGUGGGUCCCGACUGCCGCUUCCUCAAGUUCAAAACGGGGGAAACCAUUUACGUUUAUUAUAAGUUGGCAGGGAAGAGGAAUGACCUUUGGGCGGGAAGUGUGGGGAGCCAGUUUGGAUAUUUUCCCAAAGAGCUGAUUGAUUUAAACCUAGUGUACUCGACUACUGAGGUGGAGUUGCCAGCUGAGGACACGGAUUUUGGUUGUUUCGGGGAAGGCGGAGAAGAGUUUGAUGACGUGGAUCUUGAUGAACUGGUCAGAGCCGCAGGGUCAAGUGAAGACGAGAGCAGAGAGCAUGUCGUAGAAAGGGGCACAGGUCCGAGAGAGAAGAGGGAGGAUGAUACGGGCCAAGGUGCUCCAGAUGAUGAGUUAGGGAAGACUUCGACAGAGCCUGGAGAUAAAUCUGGGGACGAUCAAGCAAGCGAAGAGGAAGAUGCAGUUCAGUCUGCAGAGGAGGAAGUCAGUGACUCCCAAACACAGGCUGAAAGCAGAGAAGUUGAAGCUGUAGAUAGUGCACUAAAUAAUGAACAAUCUCUUCAUGUUGAAGAUGAAGAAUCUGCGGAAAAACCUGCUGAUGUGGGUGAUAAUAUUUCUUCUUUGGAAGACCAUUCAACAAGAGAGGAUGGUAGUAGCCACGUUAAAGUGGGCACGCGUUUGGAAUCUAAUUCUCAGGACCCAGAAAGCUCGCCUCCCACAGAGGAAGGGCGUGAAGGGCUACAUCGAGGUAACGGAGACAUUCGAGGGUCGGCGGGGUUGUGGGGUCGACUGGCAGAAAAUCAACUUGAAUCUCAAGAAGGCGAGCUGGAAGCAUUUCAUGAACUUGAGGGCUCUUCAGUAUUAGUAACUGGAUUUGGGUCAACAGAUGAUGCGGUUGUGGUAGAUGACGAGGUGACCAGCAAAGUCACUGCAUUAGAUGAAGAUCCAGAGUUUGAUGCAGAAUUGGAGACGGGAGAUUUGGCCGAGUCUCUUGAGAGAAUACCCUUGCUUUCGUAUUUGGAUACUAAAUCACUCCCUGAACAAGGUGGUGUCAAAGAUGAGGAUGCUGUUGAAGACCAUCAUUUAAAAUCUAGUGAAGGUAACACUGAAACUAUAACUCAAACUCUGGAUACUCCAGAGGCUUCCAUCAGUACAGAAAAAGGACAGUGGUUGGAUGGAGUAACUCAAGAAAUUACUAAAAAUGAGGAAAUACUAACUUCAGAAGAUACAAAAAGUGGAGGGCUAAGGACAACCCUGGGAGACACCAUGUCUGCAGUUGUAAGUGGAGAUGAGAUAACGUCCAAGGUUAUAGAUCUGGACAAUUCUGAAGACUUACCUGAAGACACGAGAGAUGUAAGUCGUCAAGCUUAUGAGGAGGAAGAUAAGAUCUAUUUAUUGAGUAUGUCAGAGGAGGAGGCUGAAAAUAAGCUUCUACGUUCAACCGAUGAAGCAGUUGGAACCGAGGCUGAUGUAGAGGAGGGUUCUCCUGAAUCUGAAGCCGCAGUGCAGGCUCUCGACACAAGUUCAGAAUGGGAAACCAAUCACGACACAGAGGAAGAGGAAGAGGAAGAGGAGGGAGCGGAGCUGGAGCCACUCGAUGCAUCCAAUGUCGAGGGUCAAGAAUCAGGGCAGUACCAAGAAGGUAACUUGCAAACAGAGAGUGCCACCCCCAGAAAGAUGGUGGUUGACGAUGAAUUUAAGAAUGUCCCAGAAGUAGGGGAAAGUAAUCAAGAAAUUGAACUGCAAAGUGACGCUGAGGUUAAAUCAGGGACUGAGAUGAAUCAAUAUCACCCAGAGUUUAACCAGUCAGAACCAGAAACUGGAGUGGACAAAUCAUCCGAGUCUUCUGAACAUGCAUCCUUUGAAAGACCUGGUACUGUAAUUGAAGGGUUGAAAUCAAAAGAUGAAACCAAGGUGGUAACAAGAGAAGGGUUUCCUGCAGAAGACAUCAAUACCACACUUUCACAAGGUGAAGUGAAAGCUGAGGAUGGGAAAAGCUCUUGGAUGAGUGGCACAGACCUAGAUGACCGCAAGAUGCUGAAGCUAGAAGAUGACGUGGGAGAGAAGGACCCGAGAGAAAUAAAACUACCUUCAGAUGGUUCCGUAGACCUGGCUGCCAAUAGUAUUUCAGAACAAGUCCAAGAAGAGGUGGAUGAUGUUGACAGUUUGUAUGAACCAUAUGUUGAAGUGCAGCCAGAUCAGCUGUUAGAGGAUGAAAAUGCUGCAGACGCCAGAAUGGCGAGGGAACAUGAUGCCAACGCUAAUCGUGAAGAUGGAUUAGACGAUCAGGAGUUAGAUAUUGAUGACAUGAUCGUAACAGAAGAAAGUAAUAUCGUGGAGCCAGAGGUUCUACAAGAUGGAGGAGAAGAGGCCGCAAAGGGAUUUAAGGACAGUACGGUUGAGGAAGAUCAUGAAGUAGAAAAAGAGGGAGCUCAGAACAUUUACAAACAAGCAGAUCAGAUUGAAAGUCAGAAGGAAUCAGAACAGCCCUCCCUUAGGCCACUGGAUAAGGAUGGUCUAAGUACAGAGGAAGAAGGCCGGUCUCAGGACUUGAAGCAACUUUCAGGGGAAUUACAUGAAGAAAGCAGCGAGUCCGAUGAGGGUAUUCAAACUGAAGAGAGUGCAGAGGGUGGGGACAGGGGGCCUGAGGCUUAUCCGAAGAGUGAAAAUACAUCCAACCCAUCUAAAGUUGAAGGGAACAAGACUGAAGAACUCACGCUAACCAGUAAUGAUAUUGGGAUACAAGACACAAGCAAAAUGUUUGCAGGUCUAAAGUACCAGCAGGCUGUGGAGAAACUUAUCAUUUUGAAAGGCUCCUUGGGUGAAAAGAGCUUGGAACUCGUGCUAAAGUAUCUGAGCCAUCAGCAAGUUCUGGAAGUUGAAGCUGCACUUCAGGAUUUGGAAGAGGCACUAAAGCUUGCAAAGUUAUCCACAACCGACAAGCAUAUUGAGAAUACUCUUGACGAUAUACUGGAGAAGGCAGAGUCAAACAUCCUUGACAUGGUGGACAAUAUGUUGGACAAGAGAGCUGAAAUGAACCAGUUGAAGACGGAGGAAAAAGAUCCGGAGAAUGAUGAUGAAACAAUGAUCCUGAAUGACCUUCAGGAGGCUUUAUUUCAAUUGAGGAUUAAAUACUCACCCAUCAAGGAGAGCGUUGCUCUUGCCCCUGGAGAAGAUUUGUCGCAGGAACGAAUUCACCCCCACCAUGAUUCAUUGGACCAAGGUAAGCAGGGAGCACCAGAUGAGGAGGAGAAGGAGGAGGAGGAAGAGGAAGUGGAGGAGAAGGAAGAGGAGAAAAAAGACCAGCUGGAAAAAAGUCUGCAUUCUCCGCUUGUAACGAAGAAUGUAUCACAUUCAGGGGGAAAGCAGGAGCCGAGCGCAGUUGAAGGGUCACAGGGAAAUGUGGACUCUACAGAGGCUGCAGCGUCUCAGAAGAGAGAGGAGGUUAAAGAGACUGCAAGGGAAACAUCUUCUCCAGAGAAGGACAGGGAAAAAGAGCUUCCUUCUGUAAGCAGUCCAGAGGGUGGAAUAGGUCGAGCACAGGAGGAGGCUGUGGCAGACCCAGCAACUCCGCGUGUAACACAGAGAGAGUCUUCUCCAGAGGGAGGUGCUGGACAUGACGAGAUAGGACAGAGCAAAGGCAGGGAGCAUGCGAGAGGAACAGGCUCCCCGAUGGUCGGAGAAGGAGCGCAGGAGGAGGAGGUGGUCCGGGGUGGGUCUGUCCUGAAAGCUGAGGACGAGGAGGCGUCGCUGGGAAAGUCGGAGGGGAUGGACGUUGGGGGCGACAGUGCCCCGAGGGAAGAGCAGCAAGAGAUGGGCGAUGUGGGUGAGGCCACAACCGAGGGUGUUGCCGAGAAGGCUCGUCUGGAGGAGGCGAGAGAUUCAUUGGACCAAGGGAAGCAGGGAGCACCAGAUGGGGAGGAGAAGGAGGAGGAAGAGGAAGUGGAGGAGAAGGAAGAGGAGCAAAAUGACCAGCUGGAAAAAAGUCUGCAUUCUCCGCUUGUAACGAAGAAUGUAUCACAUUCAGGGGGAAAGCAGGAGCCGAGCGCAGUUGAAGGGUCACAGGGAAAUGUGGACUCUACAGAGGCUGCAGCGUCUCAGAAGAGAGAGGAGGUUAAAGAGACUGCAAGGGAAACAUCUUCUCCAGAGAAGGACAGGGAAAAAGAGCUUCCUUCUGUAAGCAGUCCAGAGGGUGGAAUAGGUCGAGCACAGGAGGAGGCUGUGGCAGACCCAGCAACUCCGCGUGUAACACAGAGACAUACCUGGGGAGGGGCUGAGCAAGUGGAGGCACCUCCUCUGAACAUUACAAAGAGGAUGGAAGAGGCUGGGAGAGAGUCUUCUCCAGAGGGAGGUGCUGGACAUGACGAGAUAGGACAGAGCAAAGGCAGGGAGCAUGCGAGAGGAACAGGCUCCCCGAUGGUCGGAGAAGGAGCGCAGGAGGAGGAGGUGGUCCGGGGAGGGUCUGUCCUGAAAGCUGAGGACGAGGAGACGUCGCUGGGAAAGUCGGAGGGGAUGGACGUUGGGGGCGACAGUGUCCCGAGGGAAGAGCAGCAAGAGAUGGGCGAUGUGGGUGAGGCCACAACCGAGGGUGUUGCCGAGAAGGCUCGUCUGGAGGAGGCGAGAGGGUCUCCAGCCUCCCAGGAAAAGAGUCAGUGGUUGCCGUGGGUUAUCUCCGCACUGGAAGGGGUCAUCAUGGCUACCAGCAACACCCUGGGACCGAUUGCUCAUUCCCUCUCUGAGUCCCUUAUGUCUUCUUUGACUGAAGAAAUGAGGCUUGGCCCAGAUUUCCAUGGAGUGCCAUGGGAGCCCAUUUUAAUAACUGCUGCUCUGGGAAUCCUUACUUUCUUUAUCUUUAUAUGGCGAACCUGCCUUUCAGUGAAGAGCAGAAUAUAUCAAAUCUCUGAAAAACAGAUAGCUGAGAAAGUCAAGCAGCUUAUUCAGGAAAAGACGGAGGUUUUGGAGAAAUUGUCCACUUAUGAAAAGAAGUUGGAGGAAGCCAAAAUCCUUAUGGAUGAGGCCCAGAAUGUGAAAUCCACAACUUCUGUUGAGACUAAGGAACUUGAGGAAUCACGCCGGGAGCUAGAACAGGUGAAUCUUCAUUUGGAGACCCGAGUGAAAAAUCUGCAGGCAUCUCUAGAAAAAGAGAAGGAAGAGAAUACAAAACAGCAGACUAUGAUUGUAGAUACUCAAAAAUCUGUGAAAAAAUUGCAGAAGGUUAAUUCGGCUCAUUUAACUGAUCUGUCGCAGGUUCAGGGAGCCCUUAGUGCGACCAAAGCAAAUGAAGAGAAACUGCAAACAGAUCUACAGUCUAUGAUUGAAAAAAAUACAAGGCUCAAGCAGAGCAAAAGUCAGCUGCUGAAAGAGGCAGAAGGCUGGAGCGAACGACACAGUGAACUUAAUGAGCAAAUUAAGCUCUGCCAGAAAGCACAGAGGGACCUCGAGGAAACCCUGGCUUACAAGGACAAUGAAAUUGAGGUGCUGAGCGACUGUGUGAUGCAGCUUAGGCAGCUCGACACAGAAUGUGACGAUGAAGAUAACGGAUGGGAUAAGGAAGUGGAUGGCGAGGUGGCUAAUGGUGAGCUGCCAGAUAAAAACAAGAAGACAAAGAUGAAGAUACAACAAAUGAUGGAUGUUUCGAGGGUAAAAACUACCUUGAAGAUCAUUGAAGAGGAAAAGGAUCAUUUCCAAGCCAAGCUGACAGAUGAAAUAAAAGCAAGGCGAGAACUGGAGGAGCAAAUUAAACAGCUUGAACACAACUCCGCAGCCAACGCCACAGAAAAGUCGAAGCUUGAGAAUGAAUUUAAAACAAUGCAGCAGAAGUUGGAAAUCCUGACAGAGCUCUACCACCAGAAGGAGAUGGCCCUGCAGAAGAAGCUGACCCAAGAAGAGUGUCAGCGUCAAGAGAAGGAGCUGAAGCUAACUGUGGCUGAUGACAAAGCGCUUCAGGCACACAAGGACGUGAAAAUGUACAAGCAAAGAAUUCAAGAAAUGGAGGAAGAGCUGCAGAAGACUGAGAGAUCGUUCAAGAAUCAGGUUGCUGCGCAUGAGAAGAAAGCUCAUGAAAACUGGCUAAGUGCACGUUCAGCCGAAAGGACGCUCACUGAGGAGAAGAGGGAGACGGCAAACCUGAGACAAAAGUUGAUUGAGUUGAACCAGAAGCUCUCCCUGGUUCAAAGACCUUCGAUAAUUAAGCCAACGGCAGGAAGGCCUGACAGGCAGGGUCCUCCAGGAGCACCUCCACCUCUGGGACCAGCACGCAGAGCUCCAGUCUCUCGUGAUGACUCCUAUGGUCCAUCCCCUGUGAGCACUGGGCCUCCUUCACCGCCAGUGAUGCUGGAUCUCCUUGUCCGUCCACCCUCUGUUAAUGCAAGUCGUGGUUUCCCCUGGGAUCGGGGUGACGGAGGCCAUCGAGUUCCUCCGCCUUCCCGUGAGUGGAUCGGACCUGGCACGGACCGCUUAGGGCCAUCGUCUGACCAGGGUUCACCACCCCCUCAGUGGGACCGCAGGCCAGGGCCAAUGGAUGGCUACCCUGGACCCCAGCGACCAUCUUCGGAACUGGCUGUAAUGUCAGGGCGGAUCUCUGGACCCAGUGAAAUUCGUGGACUUGUACCAGCUAAUAGAGCAGCAGAAAUGGGCCCAGGAGGACCUGGCCAACUGCCCAGCGGACCGAGGACAUCUUCUCCAAACACGACAGAGUCUAUGGCGGUGAAUGCUAAUGCUCCUCAGCUUGUGCCGUCCUUCCCAGGGGCACCUGUAAUGAACUCUCCUCUGGGUGGAAUGCCUCUUGCAGGACCCCGCCAUGGAUUCCCACCUCCCCGAGGCCCCUACGGACCAGUGCCACACAUGCAGAACCAUUUAGUGCGUGUUCCAGCUCUCCGAGAUUAUCCCCCGUUCCCACCUCCGGGUCACAGACCGUUCCUUCCUGGACCCUUACCACCACCACCUCAUGUUCUAAGAGACUUCCCACCUGGUGCCAGGGAGUAUCCACGUGGACCCAGGGGUCUACCUCUUGGGCCAACACCACCUCCUGGAGCCCACGAGUAUCCCCCCCACCCCUGAUAACUGCCAAUGAUUUUAAGGACUGAUGCCAGGCUUUCGACUUGACUGAUCACCCACCUCAGGCCGUUGUCUUUAAUGUACGUCAACCAGAUCUGCUAGAGAAUCCUUAAAGUAUUCCAUGGUCCUGGUUAAUUUUCAGUUACCUGUAAUCGGGAGUAAUUUCACUAGCAAGUCUGAUUCUCAGACAUGUUUAAACUAUGCUGGCCAUUAGAGAAUCCUAUUAUUGUAGCAAUGGAUUUAUCCUUGUGAAAGAUGAUCAGAUACGGACAGUCAUCGAUUCAUUCUUCAGCCAGAAAACACUCAACAGCUGGAGUUCUGCACCUUUGGGAAAGGAUGGAAAUGUUCAUGGAAAUUUAAUAAUUAAGUGUAACGUGCUGUUUACAGCUUCAAAUCUGCCAGGAGAUAGCCACUCUGCCAAUCAAAGGAGUAAAUAGUGCAAUAUUAGGGUACCUGUGUCUCUUGUGCAGUAAAUCUGUCAGCAGUGUUUUGAGGCCUUUUAUUUUUUAUGGUUACAAAAACAAAACUUUUCCUGUGGAAAUAAUUAAUGAGGACGGCCUCAUUCUGUAACCAUGGCAAUACAUUUGUAACUUAUACACAGAACAUUUCAAUGAACCAUCCAGUUGUGUGUCAGCCAGUCUGUUUUUAGAUUGAUUUUGCUUUUGGGGGGGGGG